GGAGGGGGAGGGGCGGCGGCGCAGGGAUAUUGUAACAGGUUGGUGACGGAUUGAACGCGGCGAUGCGGCCCGCUGGCUCAGUGGCGGCGCCGCCAGCCCGAGGACAUGUCGAGCACUUGCCUGCCGUCGCCUGGAGCCGCGUCGGGGAGGCUGGCGGACCAGGAGGCCCCCAGCAACAGCCCGCCCGUGUCGGCCGCCGCCGCCUCGCCCUCGUCGCCGCCGGACCGCUCGGCAGCAGCCUACCGCCGCCAGGAGCAGGAUGCCCGGGGUGCCCGUGACGGCCGCGACAGCCGCGACACCCCAGAGUGGCCGCCGGCCGCAUCCCCGGCGACGACACUCGCCGCCGGCCUGCCUGCGUCCGCAGCCUUCCCUGCUCUGGCCCCGGGGUACGCACCGCAGGCCGAGUGCGGCGAGUGCCAGUGGGGCGACGUGGACCUGAGCGGCUACGCGCCGCUCUGCUCGCCGACGCCGCUGCCCGGGGGCGCCACCUACACCAUCCUCACCUCGCUGCCCGUGCCGCCCAUGCUGCCCAUGGCGCCCGCCGCCCCCGCGGACACCGUCGCGUACGAGGACGAGCCGCGGACCCUCCACGAGCUACAGUCGGCGGUAGCCGUACCAAUGAGACCUCACCCGAGCAUUGAGUGCUUCAAGUCGCCUACAUCGGCUGCGCAUGCGCCACUUCACGCCGCUCGCGUCCUGGUGCCGCAGGCUCAGCUGGCCGUCGAGGUGGACUCCACGACGCGCGCCCUGGAGCGGGGACACGAGGCCCAGAUACGCCAGCAGCACAACUCGAGACACUACCGCUCGCAGGAAGAAAUCGAAAGGGCUUACAGGAAGAACGCUUGUGAUCGAGAGCGCUGCCGGAUGGCGGACAUGAACCGCGCGUACGACUUGCUGCGCAUGCGCGUGCCCACGGCCAGGAAGCCCCCCAAGAAGCUGUCCAAGAUCGAGUGCUUGAGGCUCGCGAUCAAGUACAUCCGUGACUUGCGCGAGGAGCUGCGCCACGGCCAGCAGGGGCAGGCGCAGGCCGGCCCCUGGCCCACGGCGCCGUGGGGCGUGCCCGUGAUCGUGGACCAGGGGGGCGCCGGCGCGGACCUGGACCACCCCGCCGACACCAGCGCCACCUGCUACGGCGUGGAGCAGCCCUCGCUCUAUAUGGCCGCCGCCGGCCACUACCCCGCGCAGGGGCUGCUGCUCUGCGCCCCGGGCACACCAGGCGGGGCCGCGCCGGCCGGGGCGGGCGGGCCUUCCCCCGCGCGCUGGAGCUAGCCGAGUGGCGCACUGGGGUUCCUGCUGGGCCGAGGGUUUCACUCGAAAACAAUCAGUGUACACCAAAGUGUAUUGUACACCCUCCAAAACAAUCCAGGAAAAUUCAAUUAGAAAACAGGAAAAUGCAGAAAACUCCGAAAAAAAAAACUAUUAAAAAAAACACACAAAAAAAGGUGUUUGCUUGUAUUUAUAGUGAAAUACUGUACCCCUCGGCCUGGGCAUGGGGCCACGCUACAGCAACAGCCUGUACUAAUGUGCUAGUCAUAGAGUGUCGUGAGGAGUCAAGAAGAAACCUGGAAGCGGCUUGUGCAUUUGGGAAUUUUAAAUUUUAUUGUUGCACUGCUUGUAAUGGGUGUGUUGAUGUAAUUUUUUAGACGUUUUCUUAUUAUAUGACGUAUUUUCUUAAUGGUAAUAGUACACGACCGGCUCAGCAUUCUUAGCUGCGAUGUGACUUAAAGAAAAGGCAUACGCAAUACAUUAAUUUCUUUGAAAAAGAAAAACCAACAAAAGUUUUACUUUGAAUAAAACAUUUUUAAUACUCUACAACUUA